AUGCCAGAGGCCCAGAGCUCCCGCCAGGACCCCAGGCGACGGAAGAAGAAGCAGCCGGUGCGCCGCACGGUCAGCCAGAUCUGCCCGCCCCCGCGGCGGCCCCUGACCGUGGCCGACAUCCGGCCGGGCAUGGAGAACGAGAGGCUGGGGGUCGUGCGGGAUUCCAUGUUUCAGAACCCGCUCAUCGUCAAGGCUGAACUUGGGAAGCCCCGAGAAAGAAGUUACACUCUGCCUGGAAUCGAUUUCAGUUACGGGCUCUACGUCCGCGGGCUGGAUGGAGGGGUCCCCGAAGCCCUUGGACACUGGAGUGUGUUUAGGCAGCAGCCCACGUGCCCCCACGAGCUGACCCGGAACUACAUUGCCAUGAAUCGCGGGGCGGUGAAAGCCGGCCUGGUGACCGCUCGGGAGAAUUUCCUCUACCGCCAGCUCAACGACAUCCGCAUCAGUGACCAGGAUGACCGGCACGUCCAGAAGGAAAUGCCCUCCCUCCCUCCAAACAUGACGUUUGGGGUCGUGGCACGGCCUUCUACCCCUUUCUUUGACCUGCUGCAGCACCGGUAUCAGCAGCUCUGGGUGCAGGAACAAAAGGCCACCCAGAAAGCCAUUAAACUGGAGAAAAAGCACAAGGUGGUCCUGGGGAAGCUGUAUGAGACCCGGAGCAGUCAGGUGCGAAAGUACAAGCCGCCCGUGAAGCUGGACGCCCUCUGGCAUAUGCCUCAAUUCCAGAAGGUGCCCCCCCAUCUUGAUACUUUCUUCACCGAGGCGGACCGCCAGAGAGCAGUCAAAGCCCACCAGGAAGAGCACGCGGUGCGCCAGGGGACCCUGCGGAUGGGCAACUACACCCACCCCUAAAGCUUUCUUGACACGGUAGAAAACUCCCGAAGGACUCACCUUCCUCGCCCCAGCUCGCGCUAGACUCCCCCCCCCCCCAUUUUUACGUGGCUUCUGCUUUGGCAAGGACCUCAGACUCAGGUCGUAGGUGGCCAAUCCUUCUCAGGUCAGCCAAUACUUACUCACCACCCCCCCCCAACCCUCAACCUAGGGAUUCCCCCUCCUCCAGGAACCCACCCACCCUCGGUUCUCGAGCCCUCACCUGAUAAGCCCGAAUGACAAGGCAGAUGUUAGACCCCGAGCUAAGGGUCGGUUCGUACGCUCUGCCCAUUGAGCGAUAAGAACAACCUGUGUAUUUCCUGCAGAAAGUGUGACAGUAACGUGCUUGAAAAGCCCUCAUUUUAUAUUCUGAACACGAGUGUAACUGUUCUUUGGGGGAUGCCUGAUGUCUCACCAUGCCGGUAUUCUCUCUCUGGGGCCCCUGGCAGUGAAUGGGAAGAGCCCGUGCUCCUGACUCAGGGCCUCCCCCCGACGCCCUCCACGCCGGGGACCUGUCAAUCACACACACAGGCCAACACAGGCUUCUCCAGCCAGGCCGACCUUGGAAGGGCAACCCCGGCCCAAAGGAGACAGUCUUCCGGGCCAGUAGGUGGGCUGAUGAUGCACGGGCUGAGGACUCCUGAGUUCGGCCAAACUCCUGCGUGCUUCUGACCCCAAUCUCUCCGCGUGUUCUUGCCUUCUCCCCACAAAUC